CGACCCGGCAAAGCGUGCGGGCGGCAGCCGGGAGUCACUCGCGGAGAUGCCGAAGAGUUCGGCGCAGACGUCGGGCACCGAACGCACCGCCGAGCCGCUGCCCAACCGGGACCCGGCCGAUGUUUGGGCCGAGAAACUCCGCUUCGAGCGCACUUUGUGAAGCUGUUUCAUUUCCUUUGUUUCUUUUCCUUUUUUUCUUUUGGUUUGCUUUCUCGCUGUGCUGAAAGAGAGGAGAAUGAGCGCAGUGCGUAGCCGGAGGUAGAGGAGGCCGUGUGUGUGUGCGCACGGGGCCGAGCUCUGCCCUGCCCGCAGCAGGAACCCAGAUCCUCCUCCCCGCACAGCCCGGCGUUGGCAGGAGCCGGCCGAGCAGGGAGCCGCGUCCCCGGCUGCACACUGAACCGGGGUGGGCAAAGCAAAACUGAUCGCCUUUGUAAAGACUGGGGAGGAAUUGAUUCAGUAUUUACUGCCGGAGAAGUUCCCUUGGCGGAGGGACGCGGCGUGUGCCGUCGCCAUGGCUUUCUCCCAGGUGCAGUGCCUGGAUGACAGCCACGUCAACUGGAGGUCCAGCGAGUCCAAGCCCGAGUUCUUCUACAGCGAGGAGCAGCGCCUGGCCCUGGAGGCCUUGGCCGCCCGCGGCCCCGAUGCCUUCUACGAGGUCCUGAAGAAGGAGAACAUCCGGGACUUCCUCUCCGAGCUGGAGCUCAAGAAGAUCCUGGACACUCUGGAGACGUAUGACCCCGGCUCCGAGUACAUCCCGCGCCACGGCAGCAGCACGGCGGGGAGCGAAGGCGACCGCAACAGCCAAGGGGACGAGCAGGAGGUGGCCCCGUCCCUGGAGUACUGGCCGCAGAGGUCCGACCGCUCCAUCCCGCAGCUGGACCUCGGCUGGCCCGAGACCAUCGCCUACCGCGGGGUGACCCGCGCCACUGUCUACAUGCAGCCGCCCAUCGAGGGCCAGGCUCACAUCAAGGAGGUGGUGCGGAAGAUGAUCUGUCAGGCUCAGAAGGUCAUCGCUGUGGUCAUGGAUAUGUUCACUGAUGUUGACAUCUUCAAAGACCUCCUGGAUGCGGGCUUCAAGAGGAAAGUGGGUGUCUACAUCAUUUUGGAUGAGACCAACGUGAAGCAUUUCCUCCAAAUGUGCGAGCGAGCGCAGAUGCACACCGGGCACCUGAAGAACCUCCGUGUCCGCAGCACAGGGGGCACAGAGUUCUUCACGCGCUCAGCAACCAAGUUCAAAGGGGCUUUGGCCCAGAAGUUCAUGUUUGUGGAUGGAGAUCGGGCCAUGUGUGGAUCCUACAGCUUCACCUGGUCUGCAGCAAGGACGGAUCGGAAUGUCAUCACAGUGCUCUCAGGUCAAGUGGUGGAAGCGUUUGACAAGCAAUUCCAGGAGCUGUACCUCAUGUCCAAGGGGGUGAGCCUCAAAUCCAUCUCCAUGGGCGUGGAGCCCGAACCCGAGCCUGUAACACUGCCCUCCGUUGUGCCGGUGACCCCUGCCAACGCCAUGGUGAAGAAGCUGAUCAACCCCAAAUACGCCCUGGUGAAGGCUAAGAGUGCAGACCAGAUCAGCAAGACUUCAUCCGAGAACCAGGACAAAACACAGAAGGGGGAAAACAAAGGCAAAGGGCUGCACGAGGGCGCAGUGGGAGACAGGCACGGCGAGGCGGCAGACCUCUCCCUGCUCAUCCACCCCGGCCUCCUGAACCUGGAGAAAGCCAACAUGUUUGACUACCUGCCCACCUGGGUUGAGCCCGACCCGGAGCCUGGGAGCGAAGUCUUGGGCUACAUCAAUAUCAUUGACCCCAAGAUAAAGAACGUGAAGCUCUCACAAAUGAACCGCAUCAAAGUCUGCGACGUCUCCCAGGCCAGCGCCCAGCACCGGCAGAUGCUGAAGAACAGGGAGCUGGAAGCCAAGAAGAUCUCAAAUCAAGAGCCACCUCUGCUGUCCCCCUGCCAGAGGCAGACCCCGCAGGUCCUCACAGAAGCUCCUGUGGCACUGGCCACCAGCCCCAUUGAAGGCAGUGGCUGGGUGACAAAGCCAGUGGGAACAUCAGCCGCUCAACCGCUGAGCCACCACUUGAAGCCACCUGAGGAGACACCUGAGGAAGCCAAGCCCCCAGUUCCAAAGCCAAGGACUGUCCCUGUUGGCGGCCUUGCAGCCAAAGCCACCACACCGUGUGACAGCCACAGUGCCCCAGGGGGUGACAUGCAGCCACCGCUGGCUGACCAUGUGGAUGCAAGACAGGAACCAAAGGAGAACCCCAGCAGAGCUUCACCGGACAGCUGCCACCUCCCAGUGGUGGGGCCACAGGAGGACAAGGGGCCUCCUUGUGCCCACAAUGGGCUGGGAGAGGAGGAGGAGGAGGAGGAGGAAGAGGAGUAUAUCACUCUCAGUGACCAGGAGAGCUGCUCCAGCAGCUCUGCUGACCACAGCUACCGCCGCUCCAACGCCUCCUCCAUUUCGGAUGAGUACUUUGAGGUGAGGGAACGCUACGGGCCGCUGCGGCGAACCAACUCGGAUGUCACUCACAAUGGGGAGUUCGUGCCCAUCCAGAGGAAGCUCAGUGACCCCCACAUCAGUCGAGGAACUUUCCUCAGCCCCCUGGGGAGCCUCCCAUCCCUCAAGCACGUCCGCGUGGAGGACAUGGCCAAGAGGAGGAGCAACGCUGUGGAGAUCAGGUGUGUGCUGCCCCACACCAUCUUGGACGGCAACGGCUCCUACCCCACCAGUGCCACACAGGGCACACACAUCUACCGCUACCGGCCCAGGAACCUCACAGGCAGGGAGCAAGGCAAGGAGCCCUCCUGCUCCCCACCGUGCGAGAAACCCCCCGGGGCCAGCAAGCACCGAAGGGACAGCACCGAGCCCAAAAAGACCAUUGCAGGCAGCCAGCCCUACUGGCAGGGCAAAGCCUUCAGCCCCAGUAAGCCGAGGGCAGCAAGCAAAGCCCUGAGCUCCCUGCCCGAGAGCCAGAAGGCAGCCGAGGAGAUGAGGACACCGCUCGGCAUCCCGCUCUCCAAACUGUCCCAGUCCAAGCACCUUAAGAACAAAGUCAUGGCAGCUCCAGGUGCUACCGACUCCAAGAAGAAGCCCCCUGAGCCCACCAGCCAGAAGGAGCAGUAGGGGUGGAUGCAGGCGGGUGGACUGCAGGUGAUGCUCUGCCAUGCGGAGCAGGGGAAUCUUGUUUACAUUUACCUGGUCGGUGCACCAGUACCACGUGGCCAUGAUGGACAGCCCAAACGUCAUCCCUGUCCAGGGCAGAUCUCCAGAGAUUGGGUCUCGGAAGAGGUGCAUGGCAUCCGCUCUGGGCAGGUGGCAGGUCGUGUUGGGAAUGAUCUUGGACGGCACGGCUUUUAGAUAGGCCUCUUCCAGGUUGGAGUAACCUCCGAUCGCAUUAAAAGCUGGAAGGCACCGUUGGGGGAGGCUGGUUGGAGGCUGUCUGGUUGCCUCCAGGAUCAGUCAGAAAAACACUUGAGAACUCGUUACUGAGAGCUGCUGCCCCCUCGUUGGCCCCCUUCCCACAGAGGGAGGCUCACGCGCGUGAUUAUAUUUUAUUUUAGUUAUUUAAGAGACUCUUCUAUCACCAUUUUGCACAGCAUGUCCCAUUGCAGCCCGCCCUCCCUCGGGAGGGUGACCCACGUCUGGGACAAAAGGGACCAACGCCUCUUUUGACUUCGUACUGUAAAAGCAAGCUGUUAUUAAAGCUCCCUGCUCCUAGAGUAUGGGAAACACACCUAGAACCAUUAAAAUUGAAGAUUAGGUACCUUUGA